CCCCUACAACUUUGGAGCUUAAAAGAAAUAUAGUAUAACUUUGAUCCAUCAUUUUUUUCUUGAUUUCCAAAUAUGAGUACUUUGACAACUUCUUUUCUUCCAUCACUUGAAAAAGAAAAUUCUCUUUUUGUUUACACAAGAAGAAGAAGAAGAGGACACUCCAAAAAGAGCCAAUCUAUUGUUCCGGUGGCAAGGUUAUUUGGACCAUCAAUAUUUGAAGCAUCAAAGUUGAAGGUUCUUUUUUUAGGUGUAGAUGAGAAAAAACAUCCAGCAAAGCUUCCAAGAACAUAUACACUUACACAUAGUGAUAUUACAUGUAAACUCACUCUUGCUGUCUCUCAAACCAUCAAUAACUCUCAGUUAGAAGGAUGGUAUAAUAGAUUGCAAAGGGAUGAAGUGGUUGCAGAAUGGAAGAAAGUUAAAGGGAAGAUGUCCCUUCAUGUUCAUUGUCACAUUAGUGGAGACCAUUUCUUGUUAGACUUUGUUGCUAGGCUCAGAUACUAUAUUUUCUGCAAGGAACUCCCCGUGGUUUUGAAGGCAUUUGUUCAUGGAGAUGGAAAUUUGCUAAAGAAUUAUCCAGAGUUGGAAGAAGCUUUGGUUUGGGUAUAUUUUCACUCAAACAUACAAGAAUUCAACAAAGUGGAUUGUUGGGGUCCUUUAAAAGAAGCAUCUUCACUAUCUUCUACUACUACUUAUUCAUCAUCUAGUGAAUUAGGUGAGACUCAAAUGGAUAAUACAAGCAAUUGCAAUUUGGAUUUACCACAACCAUGUCAAGGGCCUUGCACGUGUUGCUUCCCCUCAACAAGGAAAAUCUAAAGAGAGUUUAAUAUUGAGAAUGUUGGAGUAUUACACACAGGGGCUUUUAACUAGCUUAGUGAAUCAAUUGAAAUGCUUCUGUAUUGGUCUACAAACUUUACAAGAUUGAUGUAUUUUACUGUCAUUGUAUGU